AUGACUCGAUCAAACAAGCAGAACCGAUAUCGGGCCGGCAAAGACGCCAGUGACCACACCAGGUCGCACCCGGGCACGCCACGGCCACGCGGACCACGACCACUAGGCCGAGGCACGGGAUGUGACCGGGGGACCGAGAACGUCCCCGAGAAUCUAAAACACCAGAUGCAUCAUCGCAACGGUGGAGCAGGAGGGAGAGGCGGCGGUUCCGGUGCUGGCAGGAAGGAUAAGCGCGGCUCCCUCCACCAGGGCAGCAGGAAGCCGCGCGGUGACAACAAGAGCGUGGCGUCUCCCCAGCGCAGGAAUUGCGGUGAAUGUCGUCGCAGCAAGCACAAAUGCUCUUCGAGCGAGGUAGACACGGAAGCUGUCGAGACGGACAAGGCCAUCACCUUCUCGGAGGGCGUAGUGAGCAGUAGGCAACAGCCAAUACCCUGCACAAACUGCGAGGCCCUGCAGCUGCACAACCAACAGCUGUACGAGUCUAUCAAAGAUGUCAUGGUCGACUGGGCGAGGGAUGUUGGGGUUGAUAUCGACGGAGACCGGGAUGCGACGGCAAGUGUGGACACCGAGGAGAUGGAGUGGCAGCGGGAGCACGUCUUCAUCAUCCCUGCCGAUCACCGAAAAGUAACCGACAGUCGAAGCGUUGGCCAGGCCGGCGCCGGCGCUUCAAUAUCAUUCGAUGAAUAUUGCUAG